GGAGAGUCUGCUGGGUGACACACGGGCACGGGUACGAAGCCCGGAAUGGUACACAUGAGCAGUAGUAGUUGAGGAAAACGGGACGACCUCUCCGCGUCCUCCUUAGGGCGAGAUCUUCAUGAAAGUCUUGGCCUUUCUUUGAACUUUGAAUUUCGAUCGAUCAAAGCCAGGGCACGGCGUCACUGAGCCUUCGGUGUUCCAGUGUCAGAAGAAUUACACAAGAAAUGCCGCUCGAGAUGGCCAAUAUUAGAGUCUGCGAAGGCGAGCAGCGACGGGAGCGAGGCAGCAGCCCGAGCGAGACAAUAUGGGGAGGUCGAUACAAUCUGGAAUAGUUGUUGCGAGGGUAGCGUUCAGCGAGGCCCGGGCCCUCGGCGUCACCCGUCAAGAAAGCUUCAGCGCGCGCCCUUUGCACCUUAUACUAAUUUCUGUGUGACAUGUUACCCCUCUCAUAUACCUAUUUGAGCCUAAAAGCCCAGUCUUAGUAAUAGUCAGCAACACAGAGGAGACGCCCAUGUCAUUUCCUCCUGGCCGCCAUUUUGUAAACUCAAACAAAGAGUUGCGGUUUUUUGGGUCGCUGAAGCCUCGUACGCGGACGGUGAAUCUUUGAAAGCUUGGGGAUUUAUAUAUCUAAGAGGUUUGCUAUAUUCAGGGACCAUAUCAAAGUAUGAAACGAAUUUAUUGUAAUGUUAAUCAAUAAAGUAUUUCAGAGCCUGCGCGACCGUCGCUAGGUGCAGAUGGCCCUCGCGCUCCCAGGCAUCGAACACAGUCUCGUAAAAAUUUAACUUCCCUUUUAUACCACAACACCGCGGGAGUAACACAAACUGAAAAAAUAUUCCCCGUGGCCCUUAUAUUUUUCAGAACCAUGAUAUAAAAUAAAAUACGGCGCCGGUGAGAAAAACGCGCGGGUAUUGUUAGUGCGUUGUGGUGGCGGUGACGUGCGAGGCGGAGUGUUGGAACGCGUGGUGGUGAGCCGCUCGCGAACAACACUACCGGCGGUGUGUCCUGACUCCGCUUCUUCGGUGCCCAGUGCGCCGCUCGUGACUGCCGCCCUGCCCCAGAAAUGUGUUCUCGGUGUUUCUGAGUGAGUGCUCUCGCGUGUGAUCCCAAGGAAAAAUGUCUAAGGAUAGGAGCAAAGACGCAGAGGCGUAUGACCGGGAAUAUGAUGCGUUUCUCAAGCAGCUUGAGGAGUUUCAUCAGCAGAGGGGGACGCCCUUCAAGCGGCUGCCCCGCAUCAACGGCAAGGGAGUGGACCUGUACCUGCUCUACGUGGUGGUGACGGCGCGCGGCGGCUGGCAGAAGGUCAAUGCUCGUUGCGAAUGGGACGAGCUCCUUGAAGAUUUUCGCCUCCCAGCUGCCUGUGUGAAUUCUGCCACGGCGCUGAAACAUAUUUAUAUUAGAUACCUUGAUGCCUAUGAGCGCAUCAAUUUUCUCGGCGAAGAUGGCGAAGAACGAGGGACAGAGAUGGACGACGGGGAAGACUCCCGAUCCAUGCGAGCCAAACGUACAAUCAGAUCUCUUAACACUGUGCCUCUCUCAUAUAACCACCAACAGCACAAUGUUGUAGAAGCUAUCAGAGUUGGUGCUGGGCUGUCUUCUGCACUCUACAGGCCUUCUCCAUAUGAUAAGCUCGCACUUUCCCUCAUCUCGCCGAUGCCCAAUGAGCAUGACUUUGCCUUCAAUGUGUGUACCAUAUUGAGCAACGAAGGACGCCAUGUUCUGCAGCUUGGUCAGUGCCCGCGAUUGGUGGAGCACAUGCUAGCCCAUGCUGGUGUAUACAGAGACUGGGAAACGCAGAAGUAUUUCUUGACAAACUACAAAGAAGCAAAAGGCCGGAGCCUAGUGCAGUUCUGGAUUGAUUCAGUGGAAGAUCGUACUGUGUUAGACUUGCUGACGCCCGAGAGUUUCGAGAAAAUCAGUAGUCGAGCUUUGGACACUAGCAAGACAGUUGAAUUGGAAGAAAAUAAUGGUGCUAUAAAUAAUAAUAUUGCCCAUAAUCUUAACAGUGAUAUUUUGGAAACUUUAAAUAAUAAGGAAAAUUUUGUACUUGAAGGAACCAGUGAUUUCUUAUUAAAUGAUUCCUGUCUAGUAAGUGAAUCAAAAUCAGACUUAGUGAAAUCAGUGAGUAGUGGAAGCAGAGAAGCAUUUGAUGAAAGUGAAAAAUUAACAAGUGAAGAAGCACAGCUUUCAAAGAAGGACUUGUUAUUAAGAAGAUUAGAAAAGGUUUUAGAGAUCGAAGGUAGUGACUUAAAAUUGGGAAAGGAAGAUGUAGAGCUAUUUCAUCUGGGAAGAGAUCUUGGACAGCAGGAUGGAGAGGGGACGCGGAUCAGCCAGAUCCUGCAUAUCAUCCGUAACUUAUCCUUUGAGGAGCAUAAUGUCUCUUCCUUAGCCAGGUCUCAGACAUGCCUCAGGUUCUUAGUUUUGUGUAUGUGUUCACAAUGGGGUGGACUUGCUGUGAAUGCUCUGGAUACCUUGGGUAACAUUGCACCUGAAGUUUCUCUGCGGGAUCCAAAGAUCGACUCUUGUACAGCAUCGUUGAUAACUCACAUCUGCAAUGGUGUGUCCUCUCCAGAUCGAGCAUUUGUCCUCAGGUCUCUGGAGGUCCUCAACAAAUUAGCAAUGAAUGAUCCCAAUGAGGAAAUUCUCAAUAACAAUAUUGAUCCUGCUGUGUAUGGACAAAUAUGUAGAUAUCUUACCAUCCAUGACAUCAUGCUGUUAAUUUACACCUUAGAAUGUCUAUACUCUCUGUCAUCUCUGGGAACACCUGCUUGCAAUGCCAUUGUCCGUGCAAAAGGGUCUAUACACACACUAAUAUCAUUAUUGACGGUUGAAGCCCAAAGUUACGGACCAGAAGCCUGUAUUGGAAUGAAGGUUGUGGAGACAGUUACUGGUGUAGUGAGUGAGCCAGAGCCUGCAAAUCCACCGCCACCCACACCGGCUGUGACACCAAGCCUGCCAACUCCUACGAUCACAGUGCAGACAGGUACCGUUGUCCCAGCCACAGCCAUAGCUGUUGCUGCUCCUGCACCACCGACUGUGCAGCAGGUCACUCCAGUCACCCCUAAACCUCCUAUCACACCUAUUACAGGGGAUCCAAAGAAAAUAGCUAGCAGAAUUGUUCCUCCUGAUGUUGAAGAGUUUGUAAUGGAAUGGGUAACAAAAAAUUAUGAAGCUGCUCCGGGGAAAGCCAUUGAACAAGCAAUUGUUUAUCGUCAUUUUGCAGCUUCAAUGCAGUCCUUGGGUCGUAAACAAGGCUUGAAUCCAGUUCUAUUAUCAAACUGUGUCCGGAAAGUUUUUGGAACCGGUGUUGGACCAAGUCGAAGACCGGUGGAUGAUGGUGCAGAAAAGUGGCAUUAUAAUGGUAUCAGGAGACGUGAUGGUGUAGUAGUUCCACCUGUACCAGAAAAGAAAAAGGGAGGGAGAAUAACAACAGGGACUGUUCCAAUGUACAGUCCCACACCAGUCUUGCCAGCCAUUAACACCAUUGGUAACCAGGUGUCAGUACCUCUGACUGGUUCAACAGCACAGAUAGUCACCGUAUCCGCUCAAUCUGACGGCAUUGUGUCCCCAUCGUCGCCUAUCCUGAAGGCCCAGCUAUCUGCACCCCUCAGACCGUCCCCACCUCCACCUCAGCCUGUUGUAAGAGGAACUCAGGCCAUGGUGACUGGUACCAUGCCUCAGGGUGUGUUUAGCAGUCCACAGCAGCAACAGUCCCAACAGCAGUCUCCUCAGCAACCUCAGCAAACCAACAGAUCAGAUAAUUCAGCCCUUAUCAAGAGUCUUUUGGCCAACAAGGUAACUCCUGUUGGAGUAGGUCAGGCAGGCAGCAUGGACCCACUCCACCCCCACCAGUCUCCCCACUCACGGCCCCUCCUAGUUUCCACAGCACCUCAACAACAGCCCAGGGCAACAGGGAGUGCAGGAUCCUAUGUCCAGGCACUGUCUCAGGGUCCUCCAGGACCUCUGGGUCCCAUGCUCACUCAGACAAGCAUGAGCUCUAGCCCUGGGAUGCAGGUUGUGGCUGGGGGUUUGGUAGGGGGUCUGGGUGGCCAGUAUGGAACACACCAGCCACCAGUAUCACCAGCACAGGUGUCAAGAAACCUGCAGAAACAGCAGUUACAACAGCAACAAGUAGAUAACAGCCAAGACAGCAGCAGUGACUCUCAAGUCAGAAAAACCUCAUCUUUUAAUGGGAUUUGUAAUGAGAUUAAAAGAUGUGAAGAUGACUCAAAUUCCUUCUUAUCAUCUACACUGAAUGACAAAAAAGUAACAAGUUUUGAAGGAAUUCUACAAAAUGGAAUAAAAUCGGAGAUUGAUGUGAAAGAAGAGGAGGCGAAUGAUGUCUCAGAGACCAAAGUAAAGAAAAAUGUGUUAGCUGAUCUGCUUGAAAAGACAGUUGGGGGAGACAUACUGAAUGGUGUGGUUGAUAGAGACUUGAGAAUCAGUGACAAGGGUCUAGAGUUUGUUAAUCAUGGACAGCAAGUGAAAGUAAACGGUCCAGUGGCCACAAAUGGACAGUCUAGUAAUGAAUCGACCCAGGGUGGCAUUAAGAGACCUGCAACUCCUGAUAAUGCUCCAGCAAAGAGAAUUGCUAUCGAAGAUCCAAGAGGAGCUCCUGGCAUGGAUAGCCGAAUAACAUUAUAUGUCAGUCAGAAUGGAAGUGAGAGUGGUGAAGUUAUAUCUCAGGGUCACCAGGUGGUUUUGAGUCAAGGACAGCAGGCUCCUACGGUGAAUCCUGCACAACCACAACAGAUGGUUGUAAGUCAAGCUGUGCUUGCUGGGCAGCAAGUGGGUACAACUCAGACGAUGGUUACACCUCAAGGCCAGGUGAUUCUCCAGCGACCAAGCACACAAACUGGAGUCAUUGUGCAGCAAGGUGGGCAGAUCCUGACACAAGGAACAGCUGCAGGACAAGUUAUUCAACAAGUCAUCCAACAGGGACAGUCGGGACCACCACAGAAAGUGAUCCUCCAUCAGGGUCAGCUUGGGCAGGUGCUGGGUGGGCAAGUUAUUCUUUCGCAAGGUAGUGGUGGCCAACACCAAGUGAUGGUGCAAGGAGGUAAUAAUAUUCAGGGACAAGUGAUAAUGCAGAGUGUACCACAUUGUCAGGGACAAGUGUUUGUGCAAGGAAGUAAUGCGCAAGGCCAAUUUGUUGUGAGUGGGAAUCAGAAUCAAACUGUAGUGGUUCCUGGAACACAAGGACAACAACAAGUUGUAGUGUCUAGUGCGCAAGGGCAGACUAUGUUCGUUGCAGGAAAUCAAGGUCAGCCUGUUGUAGUAAGUGGUCAGCAAGGAGGAAGUGGACAAGUGAUGAUGCCAGGAAAUGUUGGAGGUACAGUCCUACUAGCACCUCAGCAACAGGGGUCCACAGCAAAGACACUUAUAAUUUUACCCAACCCAAAGAUGGUUAUCUCUGGUAACCAGCACCAAGGGGGCCAGAGCCAACAGCUGGUGCUACCGAGACAAAUGGCUGGUCAGCAAGUUGUGCAGGUAGUUUCGUCGGGAACUACGGUACCUGUUGCUACUGUAACCAGUGCUAUGAGAACAGUCAGGGCAGCCACACCAAUAGCAGAUAUGCGUGCCACACCAACUCCUCCCCCUGUCCAGUUUCAGAGUAAUAAUAGUAACAGUAAUAGUAAUAUCAGUAGUAGUUCAACUACGGCAGUGUACAGUGUUCAGACACCAGCUUCCUUACCUGCUGCCAUAGCACCUGCCCCAGCAGGUCCUACAGCUGUCCCAGUGUCUCAGACCUCUGUGAGUCAGGGGCCACAGACACCUCACGUUCCUGCCCCGCAGGUGCUCUCCUCAGGUGUUGCAAGGCGCCCAGGAAAUCCUAGUGGCUUACAGUACAUAUGUGAAUGGCGGGGGUGCAACCAAGUGUUCAGCAGUGCAGGCCAAGUAUAUCAUCAUGCAUGUAAAGUGCACUGCCCUCCUCACAUCCCUGAAAUACAGUGUGGAUGGUCUGGAUGUGAUACCAUGACAAGAAGGAGAUUUAGUGCCAUGACGCAUCUUCACGACAGACACUGUAAUGAGCAGUUAUUACAGAUCCUGGCAGUUAGACGGUCACAAUUAGCUGCUACGGGAAAGACGGAGAUCCCCAUCCCUCAAGCACCUCCCCCCCAUCCGGGAUAUGCGCCCAAUGCUGCCUUCCAUGCCAUCAAAAGACACGCUCUCGAAGUUAUCAACCAGAGAGAUGCGGUGGAAAAAGAAGGGCCUGUAACAAAAAGUAUUCGAUUAACCUCAGCUCUGAUCCUGAGAAACCUAGUCAUAUACUCUAAUACCGGGAAAAAGUUAUUGCGAGGCUUUGAGUCUGAGCUAGCAAAUGUCGCCCUUAGUACAAUGGAGUCAUCACGAACAGUGGCCCAGAUCCUCUACGACAUCCGCCUUCCUGAUCAUCAGGGCAUUUAAACUGCCAGAUUCAUGGACUUUUUAAAUACCUAUUGAACCCUUAAACUCAUGAGUUAAGUGGAAUUAACAGUCCUGAAGAAAAUAAACGGCUGUUAUUUUGACUUAAUAGUGGGGAGACCGCUCUGAGGGCCAACACAAGUGUUCAAUGCUAUCCACAGUAUGGUGUGUAAAACUUGCUGUUCACUAAAGUUGAGUGGUUUUGAGUGCGAUUAAAUGUCAUACAAAAAGGGAGUCCAAAAACUUGGGCACAUUAAGCAGUGCAAUUAUUAAAUAUUCUUUCAUUAAAUUGCUUACAAUGAUGGGUAGUUGAGUAAGAAUGAGCGUUAUUUAUUUUGUAUUGUGCCAGUGACUAGGUGGAAGUUGAAAUCCUUGCUUGUCAGAGACCUGCCUUGUAGUUUCUCAUUCCUUAUGUUAGAAAUUUGCAUUUAGGUCAUUGAUAUCAUUGUAUGGAAGUCAAACUCUGUGGUAUCAUUUUUACUAUUUAUUUUUUAAUUAGCACAUUUCAAAUUUUAAGUUUCAGAGCUUAUGUAGAUAAUGUCCGGAUGCAGUGUUUUACUGCCUAGAUGGUAAUUUUAAUGAGUAAUCUCAACUUGCUAAAUUUUGCUCUAUAUGACUAGUUUAGCAUGAUGGUGGAUCUGUCAGCACAAUUUUGUAAAUUUUGUACACAGUGUAUAAAUACCAUAACUUCUGUACAUGUAGACUGUAGUGGAAAAAAAUUCUUCUGCUAAAAGCAAGUUAAAGACAAGUUUCCUCCAGUACACAUGCUUAGGAGAGGCAGCUGAAGGCAGUGGUGCCAAGUGCCCACACAAGGUCCAGCCAGAUGUAAAUGGGUUUCAUAUGUAGAUAUAUAUAUGGACCUUUUAGAAAACCUGUGAAAAUUCAUAAAAGGAGAAAGUUGUGAUACCAAAUAUAUAAAUCUUGUUUUUUUAAUAGAAAACUUGAAAUCUACGUGAAGACUAAUUCUAUUUUCUAUCAUUAUUUGUAGAAUCAUAGAUGGGUAGCAUAUUAUUUUUUACCAGUUUAACAUGUAUGAUGCAGACACUGGCCAAUGAAUAAUGAUUUUUUAAUAAUCAAUUAUGUUACUUGAGGAGCAUAUACUCUGUGCAUCAAAAUAUCAGUUAGUUCAGAUUAUAAAUUAGGUGAGGAUACUUGUACAUUUUUAUCUAUAUUGUUAUGCCGUCUUGAAAUGGGAUUCACUAUUAAAUCUCUGUACCUGAGUCACAUGAUACACUAAUAAAUCAUUGUUUUGAUGUUUAAUGUUCUCAAAGUCAAGCCAGAAACCUGGUGU